GAGUGUCCUUUGUCCCUCCUCUCUCCUCAUCACAGCCCCAAUGACAGCGGGGACCUCCGGACCCAUGCCAUCCUGAUCCUGGCCCCAGCAUGCCGGACACCGAGCCGGAUAGAAGUAGGAGAGCACAGCCCGAUGGGGAGAAGGGAGAACCAGCUGGCAGCCAGCAUGGCACGAGCACGACUGGGGUCCUGGAUAAGCUUUUUGGAAAGCGACUCCUUCAAGCUGGCCGAUACAUCACAUCUCACAAAUCCUGGAUGAGGACCAUACCCACAGAGAACUGUGACGUGGUCAUGACUUUCCCAGAUACCACGGAUGAUCACACCCUACUAUGGCUGCUGAACCACGUGCGGCUAGGGAUACCUGAACUAAUUAUGCAGAUCCGACAUCACAAACACACUCAAAUCUACGCCUUCUUUGUGACAGCCACGUAUGAGAAUUUGCUCCGCGGUGCGGAGGAGAUUGGGCUACGUAAACCAGUUAAGACAGAAUUUGGAGGAGGGACAAGAGUCUUCUCAUGUGAAGAGGAUUAUAUUUACCAGAACAUAGAAAAUGAACUUAAUUUUUUUACAUCUCAGGAACGCCAGAGCAUUAUCAGGUACUGGAUGGAAAACCUCCGAGCCAAACAGGGGGAAUCUCUGCACAAUAUCCACUUCCUGGAGGGGCAGCCAAUCAUCCCAGAGCUGACGGCUCGUGGGGUCAUCCAGCAAGUGUUUCCUGUCCAUGAACAGCGGAUAUUGAGCCGGCUCAUGAAGUCCUGGGUGCAGGCUGUAUGUGAACGGCAGCCCCUUGAUGAGAUCUGUGACUAUUUUGGUGUGAAGGUCGGCAUGUAUUUUUCUUGGCUUGGGUUCUACACAUCUGCAUUAGUUUACCCAGCCCUCUUUGGCAUGAUGCUGUGGUUUUUUACAGAGUCUGAUCAGACCAGCCGGGACAUCUGCUGUGUGGUUUUUGCUCUUUUCAAUGUGGUUUGGGCCACCCUGUUCCUAGAAGGAUGGAAAAGGAGGGGAGCAGAGCUGGCCUACAAGUGGGGGACACUGGACACACCUGCUGAAUUUAUUGAGGAGCCACGCCCCCAGUUUAGAGGUUUGAAGAGAAUCAGUCCUGUGACAAACUGCGAGGAAUUCUACUACCCCCCAUGGAAGCGCCUCCUUUUCCAGUCCUGCGUCAGUCUACCUGUCUGCAUGUGCUGUCUGUGUUUUGUCUUCAUUGUGAUGCUCGCUUGCUUCGAGCUGCAGGAAUUUGUGCUCAGUAUCAAGGAGCUCCCGCGGCUUGUUCGUUUCUUUCCCAAAAUUCUCCUGGCUGUGAUAGUUAGCUCAUGUGAUGAAGUCUACCGAAAGAUCGCUUACUGGCUCAAUGAUAUGGAGAAUUAUCGUUUACAGAGUGCCUAUGAAAAACAUCUCAUCAUCAAAAUAGUUUUAUUCCAGUUUGUAAAUUCCUACCUAAGUCUUUUCUACAUUGGUUUCUACCUCAAGGAUAUGGAACGACUGAAGGAGCUCCUGCUCGUUUUUUCGCUUCCCCAAAGCUUCAAACGUCAAAUUAAAGACGCCCUACUCCCUUUCCUCACCCUCCAGUUUCACCUGUUCCUCAUCGUUCUCAGGGCUCUUCUCAGAUCAGCCUGGUGCCUCUGCAGAUCUAAAAUGCUGGCCACACUCCUCGUCAUACGCCAGUUCCUGCAGAAUGCAAAGGAGGUCUCCCAACCUCAUCUUUACCAGAAAAUACAAAGAGGAGAGUUGAACCCAAAGUCAGCCUUGCUCCUUGUUCGCUAUGCCCUGAGUAGGCUGGUGCAGAAGUAUGCCCUCCCUCAGCGCCAACUGAGUAGACCUGGAGAAGCUGCAGAAACUAGUGCAAGCGGGCGAAAGAAGUGCCUGAACGGUGGGUGUGGAGUGCCAGAGGAGGAAGAAGAGGGAGUAAUCUCAGAAGAUGAAGAGACAGAAGAAGAAAGUAUCAUGGACUGUGGUUUAAAAUUGAAGAGAGUCAGUUUUAUGGAGAAGGGUGAGAGGAGAGUGGAGGAAAGAAUAGUUACCCAGUCAGAAGAAGAAGAUGGAUUUUUGCAGGAGGGUAGCCCCACACUGGUGGAGAAAGGCAGUGAUCCAGCCUCUGUUUUUCAGUUAGAAGAGGAUGAGGAAGAUGAGAAAGAAAGUGGCAAUGGGCCAAAGGAUUGCGUGGAGCCAGAACCUGAAGUGAAGCUAAGGCAACAUAAAAGAAGAAGGAGAAGGGUGACAGUGGAGGAAGACCUAGAGAGGGAGGGAGAGGAGGAGGAUGAACUAGGGAAGAAGCAUAAGAGAGAAUCAUGGAUCGACCCUCCUGGGGAAAAUUACCAUACAAAGCUGACGCAGGCUGAAGUGGAGAGUUGUAUGAAGAAAUAUGAGGACACGUUCCAGGAUUACCAAGAGAUGUUUGUGCAGUUUGGGUAUGUGGUUCUCUUCUCCUCUGCCUUUCCACUGGCUGCGGUAUGUGCCCUGUUCAAUAACAUUAUCGAGAUCCGCAGUGACGCUUUCAAACUCUGCAGUGGGUUACAAAGACCUUUUGGCCGCCGUGUGGAUGGUAUUGGACAGUGGCAGAAUGUGAUGGAAGCAAUGGGUGUUAUUGCCAUUAUUGUGAAUUGCUAUUUGAUUGGUCAGUGUGGACAGCUGCAAAGACUGAUCCCCUGGCUAGGACCUGAAACUGCAAUCAUUUUUAUUGUAGUCCUAGAGCACUUUGCACUUCUACUGAAAUACAUCAUACAUGUGGUAAUCCCGGACAUCCCAGGAUGGGUUGCCGAGGAGAUGGCCAAGCUGGAAUACCAGAGGAGGGAGGCAUUUAAGAAACAUGAGCGCCAGGCUCAGCAUCGCUACCAGCAGCAGCAACGUAGGAAACGUGAAGAAGAAGAAAGGCAACGCCAUGCUGAUUAUCAUGCAAGAAAGGAGAGGGAGUCCCGGGGAGGAGGGGAAGACGGAAGAUCCCAAAGUCAGGAUCACCUGCCCCAUGAAAAAAAUCUGAGCAAAUCCAAGCCAUGUGGCCCUUCUGGAGGGAACAUUCAUGACAAGCCGAAGAGACCUAGCUCUCUAUUGGCCAGCAAUAAUGUUCUGAAGCUAAAGCAGAUCAUCCCGCUGCAGAGCAAGUUCCUUUCAGGAACCAAUGCCAAAUCUCCCCAGUCCCCCCCAGCAGGAAGUGACACCAAAAUCCCCAGCUUCCUGAGUUUCAAGUUUUUGAAGUCUCCUGAGACAAGAAGAGAAGGAACAGCAACAGCAGCACAGGCAGGGCCAGAGAGGGCCCACUCUCCCACCAGGCCAUUCCAUCCUGGCAAACUCUUUAACUUUGGGGGUAAGGGAGAAGGACAAGUAGGGGGGAAUGGGCUGGCUGCACCUAUUUCCUCACAGCCCAGGGGAGCAGCAACGGUUGUCAACUCAGAAGGGACAGUACCUGGCAAAUCACAGUUAAAUGGAGUUACAGAAGAUGGGCCCUUGGAAGAUGGAGAAGAGCAAGGAAGGGCUCAUAAACAGUGAUAUAGUCACAAAAAUCUUGUUUUUUUCCUGAAAAGGAAGGGCAAAGCAGUUCUCCAAGAGAUAGGUUGCCACGACGGAGAAGGAAUGCUUCUCCACAUUUAAGUAUCCUCUGAGAGAGGAGGCUAUUAGAGAAUGAUCUUGUUUCUCUAAUAUGGAAAUGCUGCCCUGUAUAACGAUGCAGGGUAUUGUUAUACAUUUGCAGUCCACUGUGUACAGAUGUAUCAACCUGUUGCUAGACGGUGCUGCAUUGUAAGAUGCUGAGUAUCUCUAUACACUUCAGGCCUCUCAUCAUGAACUUGCUGCGCUGUAUACUGAUGCUGAGUAUCACUAAACAUCUCCAGUCCUUAGGUUAUGAACUGCACUGUGUUUAUCCAAUACAUUUGCAAAACCCGGAGCUAAACAUGCUGAGGUGUAUAACGAUGCCUAGUAUCUCUACGCUGAAUCCUACAACAUCUCUUUCUUACUGAAGAGUUUAAAUAAUAGUAAUAAAUUAUAAAGGAGACUCCCACUACAUGGGGUGAUGAAGUGAUGCAAAACGGUGUUGUUUGACACCCACCCCCAGCAGAGUCCUAUUGCCUUAUUUUAGGCAUCUCUGCAGGGGGUGCAGCGUUUUUAGAACACUUGAUUGCAAAUUGUGUAAUUACUGACAAAACCACACCUAGCCUUCAGUAAACCCUACCCCAUGUUACCUUAAAAUUAUUACAAACUCUCUGCAUUGCUGGUCCCUUUUUCAGUGAAGGUUAUGACUAGGGACCAUGGCAGUAUUCUAAACAAAUAUCUCUACUUAGUAUAAGUUUAACCAAUGAAGGGAAGGGGUGAAACAAUUCAGUGGUUGAAGUCACUUCAGAGAUAUCAAACACCAGAAGUGAGUUAAAUGGUUCUGAAUUAAAGACACAUAAUUACCUUCAUUUGUCCUCAGCGAUAACUAAGACAGAUUUUUUUUUGUCUUUAGAUCACAAAUAAAACAAAAACAAUUUGCAGUCUUGUUUCCCCUCUGCUAUUGGCCUUUUUUCAUGUAGGGUCAGUUCUACAUUGCCCUGCAUUUGCAUGUAUUCAUUUAUUAAGCAGAGGCUUUAGUCCUCCAUUAAAUUGCUAUUGUGAUGGCACAGACACGUAUGAAAAACAAGUUUGCCCGUUUGCAGGCACAAGAUAAAUGACCAGCCAUUACAGGUGGCUCGUUAUUGCUACUGUGAGCUCGCUGCAGCAAUUAGCGCUUAUGAAAUUAACCAGAGAUCAGAUGUCUGGUUAAUUUUAUAAAUGUUCUCCAAAUGCCCCCAAAAUACAGUGGUGUAUAUUUUAUUAAAAAUAAAAACUGUAGCAUUUUUCUUUUUUUAAUAAAAUAACUGCACCAGGCAUUUUUGGGGGGCUAAAAUUGGGUGGUGUGUUAGAAAAAAAAAAAGCAGCACUGAAAAGUGCCUUUACAUUGCGGUCUAUGGGAACUGUGUGUUCCCAGUAAAUAUAUGUAUAUGCUUAUAUACAUAUAUAUUUAUGUGUUAAUAUGUGUGUGUAUAUAUAUAUAUAUAUUAACAAGGCAUGAGAAAGAAGCUCCCAUUGGAGCCUAUGGAGGAGAGCUCUUGUGAGUGCAAUGCUUCCUAGGGUGCACUGGUAUUUCUCAGUAUUACUCUUGAAAACAAUAUUUAGCGCUCCAAAAUGCAUACAAUUCCAAUUUGUGGAACAUUACAUUGGGUAAAUACAUCAAACAUUUAAAGGGACAUUAAACACUUUGAGAAGGUAAAAUAAAAUGAUAAAUUGUAUAUAUAAAACAACUCUGCAAUAUACUUUCAUUAUUUAUUUAGUCCCCUUUUCCUGUAAUUCCAUUCUGAAAUUGUGAGCUUUUUAGUUUCUGUUAGAAAUGAAAGUGCAGAACACUGUUAUUUUCUACACCCCCAUUGGCUGCACACUCUAGUGACCUAUUUAUAACUGUCCCUAAUUGGCCACAGCAGAGAAAGUAAACUACGUUACAACGUGGUAGCUCCCAUUGUUUUAUAGAAACUAAAACUUUACACUGAUUUUGUCCAUAUUUAAACAACUAAUGGAACUUUUUUUUAAAUGCAUCUUUUCUUUGACUGCACCAUUCAAUCUAGCGUUUAUUUAGUGUUCAAUGUCCCUUUAAUUUUGUUUAUUUGCUCCUAUUCUCUUUACAUUUUUUUUCAUUCUUUUUAAUAAUUAAUUUGAACAGUUUGAUCAAUUUUGAGGUAUAGAUGAGGUCUUAAGGGUAAUUUUAAGAGUCAAGGGCUUGCUAAUAGCUGGUAAAAUGUGGAAAUACUUGGGUUUUAAAUUUGUGAAGAGAUUAAAGAUUUUGGAGCUGGGAAAGUGUAAUUAGUAGUUUGGUAUGUGAGUAAUUUGACUAGUGCAGUGUUUCCCAAACCCAGUCAUCAGGACCCUUAACAAGCCAGAUAUUCAUUAUACCUUAACAACCACAAUGUACCCUGUAUGUCACUGGUCGUUAAGGGAUUGUCUGGUUAUAAUAGGUAUUAGACCCGCCCACUCUCCUCCAGGCUUGCUAAGUCACUCCCAUAGAAAGACCAGCAACGUACAGGGUAUAACCAUCAGCUGGUUAUUUCACCUGUGCUCUAGUUAAGAUACAAUUAAUAUCUAGCCUCUUAAGGGUCCUGAGGACUUUUGUUGGGAAACACUGGACUGGGGAUUCCUAUCUUUUUUUCACGCCUCCACCUCUCUUUGUGUCACUGUGUCCAUUGCAAAGCAAACGACAUCUAUUGCUUACUGAACAGACUGCAGAUAUGUGGAUGAUUUAUGGCUGCGCAACACAGGUUACUUCAACUACUGAAUUAUUUACUGCAGCCCCAUUUCAUUCUGGGUAAUACAGGUUAUCAAAUAGCAGAUGCAAAAGUACAGAGAUACAGGAUAGUGGCAUUUCCUAAUGCAUUUUCAGUUUGAUUUGUAUUAUGCUUUGAGUGCAAAAGUUUAUUUUGCCAACUUAGGCCUAGUUUCCAUUAAAGUGGUAAAGUUUGGUUACUGGUAGUAAGAUAAAAAAAAUCUCCAUAGACUUUAAUGGAGAUAAAUGUUUUUUCCUCCUGUUUCCAAACUUUACCCCCUCAAUAGAAACUAGGCCUUAGUCUUUUGCCCAUUUGCUUGAGUAAACUGGGAGGUGCAAUGGGAAGCAUAUUUUCUGGAUUUAACUCCUUACAAAAUAUAUAUAAAACAAUAAAUAUUUAUGCAAUAUUGGGAAUAUGUUACAAUAAGGAAAUCUGGUAUCAGAAAGCUAGUUUUACCCAGUCAUUCACUAAUAUAUACAUUAAAAUAAAUUGCACACAGAGGGAGCCAGACAGAUAUUAUAACAACUGUUUGUUCCAGAUCAGCAAUGCAUGUCCUUGUAUUUAUAGGAAUUAGGCUUGAAGGGUUAAGUUUUACGUACAAAACAGUGCAUAUGUUUUUGUAGGAGAGAUUAAAUUAUGUUGCUUAGUGUCCUAUAUUACUAUUACAUCUACACUAUUAUCUUUUUAAGGAACUGGCACUUUGUUUAUCUGGGAGAGCAGAACAGUUUAAAAUAAUGUAACAUCUUUAUAAAGAGGACUCCGUUAGAUGUAACCAGAGAAAGGAACAGCUUAUUUGACGGCUAACGGUUUGAUGAACAAUAUUUUUUUUUAAAAUUAUUAUUUUCUCUUGUUCAUAAACCAUAAAGAAAUGUAAACAUUGUAAUCUAAGAAAUGUAUGUGAUAAGAAGGUGGGGAACUAGUGAGAGGUUAAAGGGAUAGUAAACCCCAAAAUUUUCUUUUAUGAAUCAGAUAGAACGUACAAUUUUAAACAACUUUCCAAUUUAAUUCUAUUAUCAAAUGUUCUUCAUUCUCUUGUUAUCCAUUGCUGAAGGGACAGAAUUGCACUACUGAAAGGAAGCUGAAAAUAUCUAUUUAGCCAAUCACAAGAGACAAGUGUGUGCAGGCACCAAUUAGCAGCAGCUCCCACUAGUGUAUGAUAUGUGCGUAUUUAUUUUUUAACAAGAGAUACUAAGAGAACGAAGCACAUUUGAAAAUAGAAGUGAAUUUAAAAGUGUCUUAAAAUGACAAGUAUCCAGUCACUGCACAGACAGUGCAACGCCAGGGGCCUUUGCUAGAGCCUUCUUAUCAACUAAUUCUCUCUAUUUUAUGAACAAGUAUAUAGCAGGCCUCAUACUAUUAUUUAAAAAAACUCUUCAUAUUGUGCUGAUUUGUUUUUUUAAUUAAUAUUUACAUUAUCCAUUUGCAUUUACAAUAUCUACAGUUCAGUCAGCUUAUUGGCUUCAGGUGUAUUUAAAAUCCACCUGAGGUUUAAAAAAAUAAAUAAAUAAAUAGUGGCAGAGAUUUAGAUAGAAAUUAAAAAAAAAAAUUCUAAUUCAUUUUCUAUCUUUAUCAUAACUGAGGGAUUAGGUUGGAUUUUUGAGAAAAUUCUUAUAGACAUUAAGAAACCACAGUAAGUUUAGAAGAGAAAAAUAAAUAAGAUUCUUACUGUUUUAGACUUAUGUGAGCACAAGUGAAACAGUUACUGACUCCAGUACAUAGAUUUUCUGAUCCUGUCCAUGUCCAGGAUAAACACUGGAGAACCUGUUCUAUAUCUUACAGUGCAGAGUCUAGUUUGAGUAAUAUAAAGUUCUCAUGAUAAGGAGACACAAGCAAGAGCUCAUUUUGAACAAUUCAGCCUUGGUCUGGCCAACGCUAUCAGUAAUGUUUAGGUUUGCCAGAUGUCCUCCAUAAAAAUACAGGACAAUCUGUAGGUGACUGGGCACUGUUUAUCCUGUCAUGUAUAGUUUUCACAACUAACCAGUCAUUUACCCCUUGGCUGCCGGUAACAUAUAAAUUAAUAUUUGUAACAGAAGUAAACAGUAUAGAUUUUACCCCAUAAACUGCCCCUCAUUUAUUUUUCUUCUCCAUAUUUGUAAUGUUUUCAGACAUUAUACAUUUAACACUAAUGGACAUUUAAGUGCCCUGUAUUGUUGUGAAGAUUUCACUGGACAGCCUGCUAAAAUACUGGACUGUUGAAUAUUGGACCAUCUGGCAGCCCUAGUAAUGUUCCAUUCUUCUUCUGGUAUAAGCAAAUAAAUAGACCAUCUCUCACCAUCAGUUAGAUACAUUUGACUUACUAUACUUAGAUGUAUAUGUAUAUAUAUAUAUAUGUAUAUGUAUAUAUAUAUAUAUAUAUAUAUAUAUAUAUAUGUGUGUGUAAAUAUAUAUAUUUAUUGCCCUUCCCAAUCAGGGUUUGAUAUUAAUCUAAGAAUUAAUGAAAAGUUAAAUUUAAUUUUCUCCAAGCAAUCUUCAGACUCGAGUCAAAAGUUCUAGUUUUUGUAUGGGAAAAACAUAUCCACAGUCUUAAAUGUGCCUGCUUCCAUGGCAAAUAGAUUUAUUAAAAAACAAAAUUGCCUCUAAACCAGACUUACUGUGCUAAUUUGGGCCAAAAUAAAAACAGGAAAACCGAAGCAAGAGGAAUGUUCAAUUAUACUCAUAGUUCCCUUAGCUCACAUUAAAAGAAAUAGAAUGACAGUUAUUUUCUUCUAAAUUGUCAAGUCCCAUUAUCAAAACACAAAGUGAAACAUGUUUUUAGUACAUAAAAGGGCAAAUAUAUGAUAUAUGUGUUAUAUGAUAUAUAAGAACAGUAUUGUGACCCUUGGAGCUGUUGGACAACUCAGACAGAUCUACUCUGUGUUAUAUGUUUAUUUGUGGACAAGGAGGACCUUUUUUCUGAAAAGUUAUCCUGAUUGUGGAAUAUAGAAGAACAAAGUAUGUUAGUAAAAGUUUUUAUCCUUCAGUAAGUCUGCACCUCAAGGGGCAAAGAAAUCUCUAGAGAUGACAGAGUAGAAAAAAAAGUGUGAGGCUCCAAUGAGACAAUCAAGCAUCUUUUUCAGAAGGUAUUUGUUUUCUUUUGCAAAAGCCCACUAGAUUUUUAAAAGAAACUACCUGUUUGGAACAGAUUAAAGUAGCAUUCUUAACUUGUGGGCACGUAUAGAAUGGUGGUGCUGGUGGCAAUGAAGUAACUAAGGAGAUACAAUUAGGUAAUCACGGUAUGUAGGUUCAUGUAUAAGCCAUAGACCCAUAGAAGUAAUUAUUGUAUAGUAGAUGACGAAUAGACUCCAAUAAGGCACUUUGUGCUCAAGAGGUAUAGGGAAAAGCACCAAUCAUGCAUUAUGUUAAUUAUAGUUCAUGAUGGACCUAAGGAAAUCGCUGUAUAGGUAGGUAAGGAGUGGCGACUAAUGUGUAGUAGUAUAGUGUGGGUACCAGAGAGACGCUGGCUAUAAUAGUUCAAGAGACAGAAAAGCACUUUUGUAUACAGUAGGUAUUGAGGGCACUAAUAGGUCACUGUGUAUAGAAACUCAGAUGAAGACUCCAGAAAAUAAGUUUUUUGUUCAUUUAUAGUAGUUGAAGGGACAUGAAACCCUAAUUUUUUCUUUCAUGAUUCAGAUAGACAAUACAAUUUUAAACAACUUUCCAAAUUAGUUCUAUUAUCUAAUUUGCUUCUUUCUCUUGGUAUCCUUUUUUGAAGAAGCACCAGUGCACUACUGGGAGCUAUCUGAAUGCACUGGGUUAGCCAAUAAGAUAAGGCAUAUAUGUACAGCCACUAAUCAGCAACUUUUGAGAGUCUACCUUGGUAUCCUUUUCAACAAAGAAUAUCAAUAGAGCAAAACAAAUUAGAUAUUAGUAAGUUGUUUAAAAUCACAUGCUCUAUCUGAAUUAUGAAAGAAAAAAUGUGGGUUUUGUGUCCCUUUAAGAUGGGAGCUUGAGGUGAUAUGUGUAAUAAGUCAUUAUAGGACACAAGGAGCACUUUGGACAAUAUAUGUAAAAAAGUUAAGGAGGAUGCCUAGGUAUUGAUGUGGCUGUGGUUAACACUGACCAAAUGGUAGCAAGUUAGAAUAUGGAAGUACCAUUUAUAAUGUGAUUACAAUUACAAAUCUUUUCAUUUCCUUGAAGACAUUGAACUGUAUGGUUAUUAUCCUGUUCUUGGGAUGGGUUAGUUGAGGGAUAAUUUUCUCCAAAAGGCAAUGUAUUGUCCUAUAAACCUGUGAGUAUUGAAAUAUGUUGCCUCCAUCUUCACCAUUACGGAGAGAGACAUUUAGAUGCCUUUAUCACAUAUGUCUAUCAUGUGAAAUCCCUUUAUGUUUACGAGUCCAACAUCUCUGCUAGAAGGACAUUCCAAUGUUGGGGGGGUAUAUUUAAAAAAAAAUAAUAAUAAACAUAUAUAUAUAUAUAUAUAUAUAUAUAUAUAUAUAUAUACUGUAUAUAGUACUAUGCAAAAAAUAAUUUAAUGCUAAAUACAUUAAAUUAUAUUUAUGUUCUAAUGCCUGGCAAUGUUACUUUUGUUUCUCUCUUAAUAGAAGUACCAUAACCUCAGUCAUUCAUAAUGAGGUAUAUGGAAUUAUGAUAUCUCCAGCUAAAAAGUGUUAAUAAUAUUUAAUUUCCCAAAGAGAAAACAAUUUAGAACUUUAUGACAUAAGAUGAAGGACCGUAUAAACAACAGGUAUGAUGUUUAGACAUUGUGUACUAAGGCAAAAAUGUGCACUAAUUAACCUAUACUGCAUUUUAUGACCAGAGCUUUUUCAAAUGAACUCAAAACUCAUAAAAUGUUUAAUCUUUAGAAACCAGCGUGCUAGAAGGUAAUACAGAUUAGGUUGCACAGAGAAAGUCAUGCAAUCUCUUAAAGCUAGACCAUCUCUCACCAUCAGUUAGAUACAUUUGACUUACUAUACUUAGAUGUAUAUGUAUAUAUAUAUAUAUGUAUAUGUAUAUAUAUAUAUAUAUAUAUAUAUAUAUGUGUGUGUAAAUAUAUAUAUUUAUUGCCCUUCCCAAUCAGGGUUUGAUAUUAAUCUAAGAAUUAAUGAAAAGUUAAAUUUAAUUUUCUCCAAGCAAUCUUCAGACUCGAGUCAAAAGUUCUAGUUUUUGUAUGGGAAAAACAUAUCCACAGUCUUAAAUGUGCCUGCUUCCAUGGCAAAUAGAUUUAUUAAAAAACAAAAUUGCCUCUAAACCAGACUUACUGUGCUAAUUUGGGCCAAAAUAAAAACAGGAAAACCGAAGCAAGAGGAAUGUUCAAUUAUACUCAUAGUUCCCUUAGCUCACAUUAAAAGAAAUAGAAUGACAGUUAUUUUCUUCUAAAUUGUCAAGUCCCAUUAUCAAAACACAAAGUGAAACAUGUUUUUAGUACAUAAAAGGGCAAAUAUAUGAUAUAUGUGUUAUAUGAUAUAUAAGAACAGUAUUGUGACCCUUGGAGCUGUUGGACAACUCAGACAGAUCUACUCUGUGUUAUAUGUUUAUUUGUGGACAAGGAGGACCUUUUUUCUGAAAAGUUAUCCUGAUUGUGGAAUAUAGAAGAACAAAGUAUGUUAGUAAAAGUUUUUAUCCUUCAGUAAGUCUGCACCUCAAGGGGCAAAGAAAUCUCUAGAGAUGACAGAGUAGAAAAAAAAGUGUGAGGCUCCAAUGAGACAAUCAAGCAUCUUUUUCAGAAGGUAUUUGUUUUCUUUUGCAAAAGCCCACUAGAUUUUUAAAAGAAACUACCUGUUUGGAACAGAUUAAAGUAGCAUUCUUAACUUGUGGGCACGUAUAGAAUGGUGGUGCUGGUGGCAAUGAAGUAACUAAGGAGAUACAAUUAGGUAAUCACGGUAUGUAGGUUCAUGUAUAAGCCAUAGACCCAUAGAAGUAAUUAUUGUAUAGUAGAUGAUGAAUAGACUCCAAUAAGGCACUUUGUGCUCAAGAGGUAUAGGGAAAAGCACCAAUCAUGCAUUAUGUUAAUUAUAGUUCAUGAUGGACCUAAGGAAAUCGCUGUAUAGGUAGGUAAGGAGUGGCGACUAAUGUGUAGUAGUAUAGUGUGGGUACCAGAGAGACGCUGGCUAUAAUAGUUCAAGAGACAGAAAAGCACUUUUGUAUACAGUAGGUAUUGAGGGCACUAAUAGGUCACUGUGUAUAGAAACUCAGAUGAAGACUCCAGAAAAUAAGUUUUUUGUUCAUUUAUAGUAGUUGAAGGGACAUGAAACCCUAAUUUUUUCUUUCAUGAUUCAGAUAGACAAUACAAUUUUAAACAACUUUCCAAAUUAGUUCUAUUAUCUAAUUUGCUUCUUUCUCUUGGUAUCCUUUUUUGAAGAAGCACCAGUGCACUACUGGGAGCUAUCUGAAUGCACUGGGUUAGCCAAUAAGAUAAGGCAUAUAUGUACAGCCACUAAUCAGCAACUUUUGAGAGUCUACCUUGGUAUCCUUUUCAACAAAGAAUAUCAAUAGAGCAAAACAAAUUAGAUAUUAGUAAGUUGUUUAAAAUCACAUGCUCUAUCUGAAUUAUGAAAGAAAAAAUGUGGGUUUUGUGUCCCUUUAAGAUGGGAGCUUGAGGUGAUAUGUGUAAUAAGUCAUUAUAGGACACAAGGAGCACUUUGGACAAUAUAUGUAAAAAAGUUAAGGAGGAUGCCUAUGUAUUGAUGUGGCUGUGGUUAACACUGACCAAAUGGUAGCAAGUUAGAAUAUGGAAGUACCAUUUAUAAUGUGAUUACAAUUACAAAUCUUUUCAUUUCCUUGAAGACAUUGAACUGUAUGGUUAUUAUCCUGUUCUUGGGAUGGGUUAGUUGAGGGAUAAUUUUCUCCAAAAGGCAAUGUAUUGUCCUAUAAACCUGUGAGUAUUGAAAUAUGUUGCCUCCAUCUUCACCAUUACGGAGAGAGACAUUUAGAUGCCUUUAUCACAUAUGUCUAUCAUGUGAAAUCCCUUUAUGUUUACGAGUCCAACAUCUCUGCUAGAAGGACAUUCCAAUGUUGGGGGGGUAUAUUUAAAAAAAAAAAAUAAUAAACAUAUAUAUAUAUAUAUAUAUAUAUAUAUAUAUAUAUAUACUGUAUAUAGUACUAUGCAAAAAAUAAUUUAAUGCUAAAUACAUUAAAUUAUAUUUAUGUUCUAAUGCCUGGCAAUGUUACUUUUGUUUCUCUCUUAAUAGAAGUACCAUAACCUCAGUCAUUCAUAAUGAGGUAUAUGGAAUUAUGAUAUCUCCAGCUAAAAAGUGUUAAUAAUAUUUAAUUUCCCAAAGAGAAAACAAUUUAGAACUUUAUGACAUAAGAUGAAGGACCGUAUAAACAACAGGUAUGAUGUUUAGACAUUGUGUACUAAGGCAAAAAUGUGCACUAAUUAACCUAUACUGCAUUUUAUGACCAGAGCUUUUUCAAAUGAACUCAAAACUCAUAAAAUGUUUAAUCUUUAGAAACCAGCGUGCUAGAAGGUAAUACAGAUUAGGUUGCACAGAGAAAGUCAUGCAAUCUCUUAAAGCUAGACCAUCUCUCACCAUCAGUUAGAUACAUUUGACUUACUAUACUUAGAUGUAUAUGUAUAUAUAUAUAUAUGUAUAUAUAUAUAUAUAUAUAUAUGUGUGUGUAAAUAUAUAUAUUUAUUGCCCUUCCCAAUCAGGGUUUGAUAUUAAUCUAAGAAUUAAUGAAAAGUUAAAUUUAAUUUUCUCCAAGCAAUCUUCAGACUCGAGUCAAAAGUUCUAGUUUUUGUAUGGGAAAAACAUAUCCACAGUCUUAAAUGUGCCUGCUUCCAUGGCAAAUAGAUUUAUUAAAAAACAAAAUUGCCUCUAAACCAGACUUACUGUGCUAAUUUGGGCCAAAAUAAAAACAGGAAAACCGAAGCAAGAGGAAUGUUCAAUUAUACUCAUAGUUCCCUUAGCUCACAUUAAAAGAAAUAGAAUGACAGUUAUUUUCUUCUAAAUUGUCAAGUCCCAUUAUCAAAACACAAAGUGAAACAUGUUUUUAGUACAUAAAAGGGCAAAUAUAUGAUAUAUGUGUUAUAUGAUAUAUAAGAACAGUAUUGUGACCCUUGGAGCUGUUGGACAACUCAGACAGAUCUACUCUGUGUUAUAUGUUUAUUUGUGGACAAGGAGGACCUUUUUUCUGAAAAGUUAUCCUGAUUGUGGAAUAUAGAAGAACAAAGUAUGUUAGUAAAAGUUUUUAUCCUUCAGUAAGUCUGCACCUCAAGGGGCAAAGAAAUCUCUAGAGAUGACAGAGUAGAAAAAAAAGUGUGAGGCUCCAAUGAGACAAUCAAGCAUCUUUUUCAGAAGGUAUUUGUUUUCUUUUGCAAAAGCCCACUAGAUUUUUAAAAGAAACUACCUGUUUGGAACAGAUUAAAGUAGCAUUCUUAACUUGUGGGCACGUAUAGAAUGGUGGUGCUGGUGGCAAUGAAGUAACUAAGGAGAUACAAUUAGGUAAUCACGGUAUGUAGGUUCAUGUAUAAGCCAUAGACCCAUAGAAGUAAUUAUUGUAUAGUAGAUGACGAAUAGACUCCAAUAAGGCACUUUGUGCUCAAGAGGUAUAGGGAAAAGCACCAAUCAUGCAUUAUGUUAAUUAUAGUUCAUGAUGGACCUAAGGAAAUCGCUGUAUAGGUAGGUAAGGAGUGGCGACUAAUGUGUAGUAGUAUAGUGUGGGUACCAGAGAGACGCUGGCUAUAAUAGUUCAAGAGACAGAAAAGCACUUUUGUAUACAGUAGGUAUUGAGGGCACUAAUAGGUCACUGUGUAUAGAAACUCAGAUGAAGACUCCAGAAAAUAAGUUUUUUGUUCAUUUAUAGUAGUUGAAGGGACAUGAAACCCUAAUUUUUUCUUUCAUGAUUCAGAUAGACAAUACAAUUUUAAACAACUUUCCAAAUUAGUUCUAUUAUCUAAUUUGCUUCUUUCUCUUGGUAUCCUUUUUUGAAGAAGCACCAGUGCACUACUGGGAGCUAUCUGAAUGCACUGGGUUAGCCAAUAAGAUAAGGCAUAUAUGUACAGCCACUAAUCAGCAACUUUUGAGAGUCUACCUUGGUAUCCUUUUCAACAAAGAAUAUCAAUAGAGCAAAACAAAUUAGAUAUUAGUAAGUUGUUUAAAAUCACAUGCUCUAUCUGAAUUAUGAAAGAAAAAAUGUGGGUUUUGUGUCCCUUUAAGAUGGGAGCUUGAGGUGAUAUGUGUAAUAAGUCAUUAUAGGACACAAGGAGCACUUUGGACAAUAUAUGUAAAAAAGUUAAGGAGGAUGCCUAUGUAUUGAUGUGGCUGUGGUUAACACUGACCAAAUGGUAGCAAGUUAGAAUAUGGAAGUACCAUUUAUAAUGUGAUUACAAUUACAAAUCUUUUCAUUUCCUUGAAGACAUUGAACUGUAUGGUUAUUAUCCUGUUCUUGGGAUGGGUUAGUUGAGGGAUAAUUUUCUCCAAAAGGCAAUGUAUUGUCCUAUAAACCUGUGAGUAUUGAAAUAUGUUGCCUCCAUCUUCACCAUUACGGAGAGAGACAUUUAGAUGCCUUUAUCACAUAUGUCUAUCAUGUGAAAUCCCUUUAUGUUUACGAGUCCAACAUCUCUGCUAGAAGGACAUUCCAAUGUUGGGGGGGUAUAUUUAAAAAAAAAUAAUAAUAAACAUAUAUAUAUAUAUAUAUAUAUAUAUAUAUAUAUAUAUACUGUAUAUAGUACUAUGCAAAAAAUAAUUUAAUGCUAAAUACAUUAAAUUAUAUUUAUGUUCUAAUGCCUGGCAAUGUUACUUUUGUUUCUCUCUUAAUAGAAGUACCAUAACCUCAGUCAUUCAUAAUGAGGUAUAUGGAAUUAUGAUAUCUCCAGCUAAAAAGUGUUAAUAAUAUUUAAUUUCCCAAAGAGAAAACAAUUUAGAACUUUAUGACAUAAGAUGAAGGACCGUAUAAACAACAGGUAUGAUGUUUAGACAUUGUGUACUAAGGCAAAAAUGUGCACUAAUUAACCUAUACUGCAUUUUAUGACCAGAGCUUUUUCAAAUGAACUCAAAACUCAUAAAAUGUUUAAUCUUUAGAAACCAGCGUGCUAGAAGGUAAUACAGAUUAGGUUGCACAGAGAAAGUCAUGCAAUCUCUUAAAGCUAGACCUCUGUUGGCUGCAAUGGAAGUUGGCCUAGUGGUCAUGUUGUGUUCAUCCAAAGGAAGAAAAAAAAAAAAAAAACAUAAACGUAAACAAUAUCUCAUGAACAUUUGGGUUGAAAGAUAUCAGAAAGACUAAACCAGAUCUGAAAUGUUUACUAUUUUAUUUAACCCAUGUAAAAUAGAAAAAAAUGCAAAUUCAUCUCUUGAGUUCCUAAAUGUCUAAAGUAAGGUUAUAUAAAGAAUAAUUUGUUCAAGUGAGCAAAAAACAAACAAACAUUACACUAAGCAAUGUGCAAGAUUUGGUCUUAAUAAUUCCUAAACAGCUAACUUGUUUUGUUUGCAAGACGGGAAUCUACAAACUUCUGCAGUGCUUCAGUGGAGAAGUUCUGUGGCAAUACGUUACAUACAGUAAGGCACUUUGUAACCAGUCGUGAAAUGUCUUUUUAUCUUGACAUCCUCACUAUCUAACCGUACUAAACAUUAGUAUUUUUCUCUUUAGCUACCAUAAUAUUUUGAGGGUAUAUAUUUAAUUCUGACCAACAGCAACAUAUUAUGGUUUUGUUUGUUGCCUUUGCCAGAAUUAAAUAUUUUAAAGAUAUGAAAAGUUAGUUUGUAUUUAGCUACAAAAUGUUUUGUUACGUGCUGCCUAUCACUGGCUAUAUGUGGCCAGCCUAAGGAAUUCUAUGCAGAUACAAAUUAUUAUAGCUUUUCUUCUCAGAUUUAGGGGAGGUAGGUGAGAUAUACGUUGAUACAGUAAUUGACUGCACAUAACAUCCUUGCCUGGACAUCCAGAGGGGGUAAAACCCCCUUUUGGAUUUUUUGUCUUUAUAGCCAAGCAUAAGCAGCCACCAUUUCAGUCACUUUUUGAAAUCAACAAGCGACCAUUUUUUAAAUAGUGUUUAUCACGUAUGUACAAGGGACAUUGUUCUGCUGUACAUUUUGACCCUGAUAUUUCGAAGAGAUUAUUUUUUGUGUCUCUCCUCUCACGUAGAUAUUUGUACAGACACUUUGGGCUCGUUUCCAUUGAGGUGUUAAAGUUUGGAAACUGGUGACAAAAACCCUUAAAGUUUGUGGAGUUUUUUUAUGUUUCCAAACGUUACCACCUCAACUAGGACUUUGUAAUGGUUAUAUAAUGAAGGCCUAAGCAUUUCAAAAUUUCAAGCAUUCAUAUUGUUAAAUGUUCCUGCACUAGUGUCAAUUCCCAAUAUACGCCUAGUUUCCAUUGAGGAGGUAAAGUUUAGAAAUCUGUGGUAACAUAAAAAUUCUUCAUAGACUUUAAUGGAGUUUAAUGUUUUCCCACCUAUUUCCAUAAUUUAUGACCUCAAUAGAAGCUAGGCCUUAGUUACUUAAAACAUUCUUAAGUUAUAUAAAUAGUGUGAGAUCGGUAUUACUUAAAGGAUAUUUUUAAGAUUACGACUUUUACUGUCAUUAGCACACUUGGUCCAGGGAUGCUGGCUUUUUUUUUUACCUGGAUCAGUAAUUUUACCUUUUUAUUGUGUUGUAUGGAUAACAGGAUUUUCCUCCACUACAGACCUGCAGAACUUUGUGUGCUCUGUAGACCUCCAGUAGCAGAGUUCCUGGUAGCAUAUUCAGCUUUCCUUCUUUUAAUCAACAGCCUAGGGAUGGGGAUAUUUAUUUCUUUAAUUUAUUUUCUCAUAUUUUUGUAAAAUCAGCAGAAAUGCAAUAAAAAUAUAUUUCAACUAAAUAA